CUUCUAACUAUAAAUAAGAGACGGCAGCUCACAGCAGUCAACAACUUUUAAGGAACUAGAGCAGUGAAUUUAUACAGUCGUGCACUUGAAACCGGUCGUACAACUGACGGAACGCAUACUGUAAACAGACUCUCUGCUAUACUACUUUGGAAAUGGCGAAGAAAGAACAAGCCGCUGUCGUCGAGUGCGCGCUCCAGUUGCGCAGGUUUGGAGACGUGUUUAACUGGAAAUACAAGCUACUGGAGCUCAUCGUAACACUGAAGAACUUACAAAAAGACGAUAAACGCUGAGAAAGACACUAUGAGAAAGACAAAGGAACUGAAGAACGUCAUAUAAAACACCGGAAGAGGAUUCAUUUCCGACGAGUUGCGCUUUUCUGACCCCAGCAACAACAACAACAACAACAACAACAAAAAGGUGAAAAUGUGAAUUCAAGGAUGAAAAGAAGAUGGGGGACACAGUUUGGACAGUUUCCGGGCAUUUCGCUGUUUCUGAGGAUUUUUGGACUAUGUCGGCAAAAAUGUUAUUCAUUCAACAGGCUUCAUCGUCGAUGGCAGACUGCACUUCCUCUUAUGAAUUCCUCGUCAUUGGGACUGUUUUAUCGGCGAUAAACGACGAGCUCUCUUCUCAUCGUUGGGACUGUCCUCUGCACGCGGGGAGCCUGAACUCCAGCUAAAGCUUGGGAGCCAAAUAAUUCGAUUACUCUUUUCAUCUAGUUUGCUUACUAUUUACAAAUAAUGUGUAGAAAUGAGUAAUUACUAUACACAAAUAUGUAACCAUGUAAUUUUAAGCGCUAAGGCCUGUUUUUAUCAACGUACUGUAUCAGCUUCCUGACUAUGUAUCGAGUGCAAAUAGCGACAUCUUGCUGUUAAAUGCUUUUACGUUUUACGCUUAAUUAAAAUGUAAUGAAGACAAAGAAA